AAGUGUUGGAGGAGAGUGGUGGAGAUGUGGGCAAUGCAGGCGGUGGAGGGUGUGGAGGAGAUGUCUGGAGUGACAGUGAGAGCAGCCAUGGAGGCCUCCAACACCCCUGGAGUAGAGACACUUCUCUUGUGUCUCUUGGGAACACCACACAUCCACCACCUCAGAGCCAAGAUUAUGGAGGAGGUUGUGGAACGUCGAAGCGACGGGGGCGACCUCAUGCACCCAAACUUCCGUCGUCGUCUAGUACAGGUGGCAGGUUACUACGCCUGGCAGAGACAUGAUACCUUCACUAUAGAGCAACAUGUUAUUAUGGCCCCUCUUCACUACCGUGGCCGCCUCGUCACCUCCAGGAACAUACAGGAGUGUGUGAGUGAGGCGGUGAGUGAACCUCUGUCCCGGGACCUUCCACCCUGGCGGGUGACAGUGAUAGUUACCUGUGAUGGGGAAUGUGGUGAGACUUGGGUAGUUGCACGUGCCCACCACCUACUGGCAUCCAAACUAACACUUCCUGAUUUGCUGGUGACAGCCUACCCUGACCCCUGGAGGCAUCCAGCUACCCGAGACCUCACCCUUCUUGCUUCUCCUGCUUCAACCGUCCGCUUUCUCAAUAUGGCCCGCACUCUGACCUCCACAAGUGCUCUCAGUGUUUGCGUGGUUUGUAGGGUGUGGUGGCACGCUUGUCGCUCCACCAUGAUGGCACUGGUGGAGGAGGCUGUGCAGGCUGCCUAUAAGGUAGGCCCUGAAGACCUCCCAGCACUGAUAGCCCGGGCUGUGACUGCUUGCUUUACCCUCGUUUCCAAACUGAGCGGAAAACUUAACAGGUGUCUUGGAUCACUGUGGGUAACCACAAAGGAAUCCUUCAACAUAAAGUCUGUCAUCCAUGUGUGUAUCUGGUGUGUGUCCUGGGUGUUAGGUGUGUUGCUGUGGUGUACUGUGUGGGUGUUUAAGUUGCCUGGGACACUCUCAGUGUGGUGCAGUAUUUUGUGUUGCUGGAUGGCAAAGGUACGUGCUACAGAGGAGUGUAUUAUUGUGAUAGAUGCUGUGGUGGAGGUGUAUUGGAUGAUACGAGCCUUUGUUACACUACCACGUCUGGUACUGGAGGAGGCUCUCAGUAUACGUGGGGUGACGCCCCUUGUGGGGUGCUUAGGACGUCGCCGAAGAACACUGUCACCCAGGGGUGUGAGGCAGACUGGUGGUAUGGCUGUAGCAUGGAGUGACCCAGUUCCUCUGAGCACUGCCAGGGGUGUGCGAGGCGUCACUGGAGCCACGCUGACGGAGGUACUGCUAACGGCUUCUGCUGGUGCAGUGCGGGACUAUCUGCGUGUGAUGGGGCUGCCUCUUCCUGACGAAGUCUGUUGUACAUUACCAGUGUACUCACAACGGUGGGCGGAGAGUCGUGGCACUGCUCGCACGCCAGGUCUGGUCACCCUGGCACUCCCCACAGGUGCCACUGAUUCCUCCACAGCCCUACACACCGUGAGAGACUCCAUGCAGAAAAUUCAUGCCUACCCCGAGCGUUACCUGGCCUCCGUGUGGCUGGUGAGGAAUGUAGCAUACUUCCUGCCGGAGACUCUGCUGGGGUGGGUGUUCCGAGCUCUCUCAGCUCGAUAUCCUAUCCUCAUGUCCAACCUAGCAGGACCCUCCCACCCCAUCAACCUCUGGGGACAUGACCUCCUGAAUAUCUUCUACUGGAGACCCCCGCAGGAUGGCGCUGUGUUGUCCGUGUGCGUGGCGUCGUACUUGGGUCGUGCCCACCUGGGCGUGGUUGGAGACAUGAGGGUAGUGCCCAACGCUGCUACUUUGCCCCAGGCCUUCGUUACACACCUGAAUGAACUAGCUGUCAACACUGGUGUCAGACUGUACGUUAUUCUGUCUUUUUCUAUUAUGGGAAGCGCUAAACCUGUAGGGAUUAUACAGCACCUAUGGAGGGAGGGGAUGGAAGGUAUUUAGGCUCAUUUCGGGAAAUGAUCAGGCUCUGAUCCACCAGGAGGCCUGGUCACAGACCGGGCCGCGGGGGCGUUGACCCCCGGAACUCUCUCCAGGUAAACUCCAGGUAAAUCCAGUGGCACAAGUGUCUUAACUUUCAUCUUGUCGGUAUUGCAUACCUGUCUUGCACAACUUGUCAGGCACUACAACAUCAUGGUAUCUUGGUUCAGAUUACAUUUACAUGACCUUCUUCACGACUUCUACAACUAACCCAUCAAUUUGGGAAGGACUUACUUCCACUGGGGAAUCCCACCUACCAGUAACUAUGUCCUCGUCUGCUACACGUCCCUAUCCACUGACACCUAUAUAAGCACCAGUCUCCUUACCUGUGCUUCAGAAUCUCUGCAACCACGGUGCUGUGAA